AUGAAAAUAUUAUUCUGGUUAAUCUCAAGGUGUUAUUUGUGGUUACCUCGAAAAAUUCAGAAGUCUGUUUAAAAAUCUUUAUUGUUACAACAGGGAAUUGACUAAACACAAAAAGUAAAAUUUCAAACUUAAAUUAGAUUGAGUUCUCUAAUGGAGAAGUACAAAAGAUCACCAAUUUUGAAAAUGCAAAGAAUAAUAUCAAAUUAAUUAGUGUAUGGAAAUGUCUUAUUUUUUUAGAUUAAAACUAUUAUAGUGAUAUUUAUAGAAAAAAUUAUUAGUAUUGAGAAUAUUAUAAUACUUGGAAUUCUGAUUAUAGUAAUUUCUGGAUAAACUUAUUGUUAUGAUAAAAACGAAGAAAUCAUUGUAUAUUAUACUCUUUUUUGUUAUCUCUUUAAUCUUUUAUUAUCUCUAAUAAACAUAUUAAUAAUUGCAUUUUAGCGAAUGACAUAAUAAAAUUCAAUUAAUUCUUAGGAUUGCAUCAUCAUAGCUAAAUUUCCAGAUGUUUCAUCAAAAAAACAUUUAAAUUAAAAUAUUGAGUAAAUUAAAUAAUUAUGAUUUAAUAGAUUGCAUUCAUAUGAAACAAUUACCUGGAAUUAAUUAACAGUUGGUCAUAUUGUUUGUUUAGAAUAAAAUUAAUAGAGUCCUGCUGAUUUAUUAAUCCUUGAUUCAAGUAAAGAACAGGUCUUAAUAAACUUUGAUUAACGAACUCCUUGUUCUUGCACUUUUGUUAGUUUAAAUUAAACUAUAAAAGGAAAUAUUUUAGAUUUCAAAACAAAAUUAAGUGGAACGAUUUAAUUUACUGUAACAGAUCUUGCAGUACAAGGAACUAUUAAAUUGAAAAAUGACCCAAAAUUAACUCCUUUUACAAAAAAGAAUAUGAUUCAAAGAGGGGAAAGAUUGGAAACAGUUGAUUGGAUAUUUGGAAUGGUAAUUAGAGUAGGGAAUGAUUGCAUAGCUUAAUCAAAUUUUUAUAAUGAGAAUUUUAAAUCCUCUAGUUGGAUAAAUAAUAUUUAUUAGGAGAUUAUACUUAUUUGUAUUGUUUUGUUUUUAAUUUUAUUUGUUCCAAACAUCAUAUUUUAUUCAUUUUAAUCAUAUGAAAAGUACUUUUAUAGCAGUAUAAAUUAUUGUUUAUUAAUAAUACCCUAAAAUUUAUUAUGGUUAAAUUAAUUAUGGCAUCUAAUAAAUAUGAUAAGAAAUAAUAUUACUUUUAAUAACAAUUAAAAUAAAUAAAGUAUCCAGUAAAAUCCUUUGAAUAGAAUAUUAAGUGAAAGAAAUGAAAAUCAAGUUGUUAUUAUUUCUGAAAAUGAGAAAAAGGUUCUAUUACCAAUAUAAAAGUAAUUUAAGAUAAAUCUUCUACCUAUUUAAUAAACAGAAAUAUAAAUGUUGAAAAAAAAGAAGAAAAAUUUCAAAGGAUUUUUAACAUUAUCUUAAAUGAAUAUCCUUGAUAUGAUUUAAGGAGAUAUGAUUUUACUAGAUAAUCCUUAAGAAAUAUUUAAAAAUAAACCAUAAAUAAUGUAAAUUAUUACAAAAGAUUAAAAAUAAUAUAUUUUUAAUUAUUAAAAAUUGUAAGAAUUAGUAACAAAAGCAUCUCCAACUUUAAAAACUAAUUAUGAAAAAUUAUUACUAGAUACAAAUAGAUAAUAGACUAAUGAUGAAUAAAAGACAUAAGAUUUAGAAGUAUUAUUGGCAGAAAAAAUAGUACCUAAUUUAAGAAAUUCAAAUGAAGGUCUUUAUUAAAUAAAAAAACUUUAAUUAGCAUCAAGGGAAGAACUUGUAAAUAAAACAUUAUUAGGCACAUAAAAACAAUAAUUACCUAAAAAGAAAAGUACAAGAUAUAUCUUUGAUUAAUCUUUUGCAAAAAAAUCACUUGAUAGAGUGGACUCAAUGAAAGACCUUAAUAAAUUAAAUAAUAGUACUUCAAAUAGUAAUAUAACACCUGGUUCUUUAUAAAAAUAAAGAAGUUAAUUUUUUGGUAGAGGAGGAACUCUGAUCAAAUAAUUCAAUAAUAAUUCAUCUCUUUAAGUGUCUCCAACAAAAUAGAAGGAAGAUUAAGGGGCAGAUAGAUUGAUUGGAGAUUAUUAUAAUGAAUAAGAUUUUAUUGAUUUCCUUUACAAAAAGGAGGACACUCUUCACAAUGAAAUUUUAUUGAUGAUUCUAAUUACAAAUAAUAUUUUAAGUGUUUUUGAUGAUCAAACUAGGGAACUAUAAUUUAAUUUUGGUAAUAAAUUUGAUGAGUCAUUAUUGGAAUUUACAAAAGUCUUUAAUUAUUAAUUAUUAUGCAGUACUGAAAUUGAGAACUCGAGAUUAGAUUAUAAAUUAAAAAGUUAUAUAAAAAAGGUUAUCUCUAUAGAAAAUUAAGUGAAAGUCUUUGAGGUUUUGGCUAUUUUAGAACCAACUGAAAAUAGAAAAAAUAUCUUGUCUGUUUUGGUGAGAGAUCCUGAAUCAUUUCUAUUAGAAGAAGGUUCAAUACUAUAUACAAGAAUUUAAACUAAUGAGUUAAAAAAUAUAUAUAAAGAAAAAAAUGAUAUUCAUUCAAAAUAACCAGAAUAUUAUAAUUACUAUAAUGAAUAAUUAUAAGAAUUAUUAUGGGAUGGACAAUCAACUUUUAUUUAUAGUAAAAGAUAGUUGAGUCAAGACUAAACAUAAGAGUUUUUGUAAAAAUUAUCCUAAUUACAUGAUGCUUAUGGGAAUAGAUCUUAAGAAAUAGAAAUGGAAUACUAGAAAUUAGAAUUAUAAAAUGAAAUUUUAUUUUGUAUAGGUAUUAGAUCAGGGCAUCAUCAUAACUCAAUAUAAAUUUCAUAAAAUGAAUUUUAGUUAGACUCUUUAAGAGAGGAGAAACUAUUUUAAACAUUGUAAAUGCAAAAUAUUAAAAUUUGUUUAACUACAUCAGAGUCAUAUGAAGAGUUGAUUAUUUUUCUUAGAUCUCAUUAAGUGGUAUAAAAAGAAUAAAUUGUUCAUUUUUAUGAAAGAGAUGUGUAGUAAUUAUAAUAUAGGUUUAGAUAACAUAUUUAAUAUAUGUUAGAUGA